AUGGUUCUCAGCGAGACUGAGAAAAAUAGCCUACUUUUCCGACCCUUUGGCAACCUUGAGACAUUGAAGCUAUGGUCUCUUCAGUUCGUGGCACUUCUCCCCUCUGUGUUCGCCUUCGUUAUGACGGUGAUUCUCUUGGUGGCUAGCCAUGACAAGCUGCAACCCACUUGGGGGCGUGUAAUGUGA